UUAAAGAGGAACAGGAGGAACUCUGGAUCAGUCAGGAGGGAGAGCAGCUUCAAGGGCUGGAGGAGGAUGAUAUCACCAAGUCAAUAUCCACUCCUGUCCCUGUGAAGAGUGAAGAUGAUGAAGAGAAACCUCAGUCCUCACAGCUUCAUCAAAGACACACUGAACAGAUGGAAACAUAAGCAGAGGGAGAGGACUGUGGAGGAUCAGAACCAGCCAGGAACUCAGAUCCAGAUACACAUUUACAACCUGAGACUGAUGACCAGACUGGAGAGUCUUCUGAACCUGAGACUGAUGACACUGAUGACAGUGAUGAUUGGACAGAGACCAGAGAAUAUCAGUUAGGCUUAAAGUUUCUUAAAAAUGAUGAAGACCCUGUUAGUGAUUCGAAAUGUAGUGCUGAUGAGAAACCAUUUAGCUGCUCUGAGUGUGGGAAAAAAUUUGGUAAAAGUGGAAUUCUGAAAGGACACAUGAGAACUCAUACAGGAGAGAAACCAUUUAGCUGCUCUGAAUGUGGGAAAAGAUAUGGCCGCAAGCCUGAUCUGAAGAGGCACAUGCUAACUCACACAGGAGAAAAACCUUUCAGCUGCUCUGAUUGUGAGAAAAAAUUCAACACCAAGACAGGUCUGAAGAGACACAUGUUGAUUCACACAGGAGAUAAACUUUCUACCUGCUCAAUUUGUGAGAAAUCUUUUGUACAGAUUGGAUAUCUACAAUUACAUAUGAGAACACAUACAGGAGAGAAACCAUUUUGCUGCUCUGAGUGUGGGAAAAAAUUGCGCACCAAGACACAUCUGAAGCAACACAUGAGAUCCCAUACAGGAGAGAAACCUUUCAGCUGCUCACUUUGUACGAGAUCUUUUACACAGAGUGGAAGUUUACAGAAACACAUGGCCUGCCACACAGGAGAGAAACCAUUUAGCUGCUCUGAGUGUGGAAAAAGUUACCCUCACAAGUACUCUCUCGUUCUUCACAUGAAAACCCACUCAGGAGAGAAACGUUUCAGCUGCGGUAUUUGUGAUCAUAGAUUUACUCACCCCAAAUACCUCAGAGACCAUAAGUGUGUUGGUCGUCAGUCCUCACAGCCUGAUCGAAGUCAAACUGAGGAAAACAGAGAGGCAGAACUUCCAGCCAGCAGCUCAGCUGAACAGAUGGAAAAAGAAGCUGAUUGAGAGGACUGUGGAGGACCAGAACCAGCCAGGAACUCAGAUCCAAAUACUCGCCUCGUUGGCCACCUAUCAGCAAUUAAGAUGACAUUGAUUGAUGCUGUAGCCGCUGUUAUCCUGUUGUGUCACAUCAAGACCUCAAGAGUAAUGGCCACAAACUUAGAUUGAUGGGCAGCUAGAACACGAAUACAGUUUUGGGUGAGAAACUUUAAUAAAUACAGAAUUUGGAAGGAGACUAAAAAAAACAAUCUCUUUUUCAAGAGCACCCUGGCCGAGGCAAGCAGCAACAUAAGUAACAGACACAACAUAGAACAAAAUGUACAUCUCCCAAACAAGCAAUAUAAAACCCAAAGAUUACGACAAAGAAAAGACAGAAAAUAUGUUGAUAUAUACUAGAGGUUAACCAUAAAAGUGCGAAAAGGGCAACUAUACAUGAUUACAAAGACCAGCUAAGACACACCGUGACAUUGGCAUGUAGAAGACUGUGUACAAAAAUCCUGCAGCAGUGCUUUGAAACGGCCGAGAGGAACCAAAGAGUGCAACUUUGAGUGUCCUGCAGAAGAUUCCACAUAUAAGGACUAGAGAUGUACCGAUACCACUUUUUCCUUCCUGAUACCGAUU